AUGAGUGAUAGAGUUGAUUGCCAACACCUGCGCCGUGUUGAAUCCCAGCGGCUGCACGUGCGUGGUCCUGUUGACCUCGAGCUCUCAGCGGAGAGUCUCUCUAAGUUUGGACUGGUUUCGUUGUUUAUAAUGGAAAAACAAAUGCUGAUGUCAGCUGCCCUUCGUUAUCUUCUCACGGUUGUCUUACUGCUGCUGGUCACCUGCAGAUCUCCGCUAGUUAGAUCAUCUCUGGCUGCCUCCAAUGCGCUGCACAACCUGGGCGACUUCACGUACCAUUACGGCACCAUCUUCUCCCCGCUGCUCAAAGCCCUGUCAGAGCAUGGAGGGUCGACGUGGAACCCAGGUCUGAAGAGAAAGAUGAAACCCGAGCACAGGUACAUGAAAUAUCUGACGGAGGUUUACAAGAAGUCCUCCAGAGUGCAGGGGGGUUUGGACGGGAAUACAAUCUACAACACGGUCCGCCUGAUCAAGCCACAAGAUGAAUGUCUUGCACAAAGUAAUAACGAGAGUUUUAUGCAGGAUCUUUCCUACAGCCUUGAUCAAGUAAGAAGAAAAGAACAGCUUCUGAAGUCGGCCCUGCUUUACAAUUUUGGCCAUGACUGUGCAGCACCUGUCAACUCCGUGUGCUACCUGAGUAUCAAGGAGCAGGAGCACUCAAACCAGUGUCAGCUGUGUCCUGAGGUCCACCACGCAGUGAACUUCACAGCCAGCUCAAACGGGAGGAGCAGUUGGAACUGGGUGGAGGUUGACGUCACCUCGUUUCUCCAGCCUCUCUUAAAGUUUCAGAAGAAGAAUAUACACCUGCUCAUCAACGUCACCUGCCCAGAGGAACAAAGAGCCAGAGGUAAUGGGUGCAAAAGCCCACUGAAGUUCACCCUGAGGUCCCCUCCUCUGCUUCUUUAUCUCAAUGACACCAGCAAAAUCGGCCACCAGAUGUUACUGGUCAAUGCCAAAGCAGGUCAAGAGCCAGCCACUGCAGCAAACACAGUUCACAAGCAGAUGGUUUUCAAAGCAGAUCAGAGGAUUGGGCGAAAGAGGAGAGGGAAGAGGGGAUCUUCAAAGAGCAAACGAGGGGAUAAAAGUCUGGAUAUCCACCUGCCUGAGCUGCUGCCGAGUUCUGAAUUCCCGACAAGUGACUGUGCCUUGUAUGAUUUCAGGGUGCGGUUCAGCCAGCUCAAACUAGAUCACUGGAUUGUUUUUCCACCAAAGUACAACCCCAGGUACUGCAGAGGCAUCUGCCCGAGGACCAUGGGCUUCAUCUACGGUUCACCUGUCCACACCAUGGUGCAAAACAUCAUCUAUGAGAAGCUUGACUCCUCUGUGCCCAGGCCCUCGUGUAUUCCCUCCCAUUACAGCCCCCUGAGUGUCAUGAUCUUUGAAGAGGAUGGCUCCUAUGUCUACAAGGAGUUUGAAGACAUGGUUGCUACCAGGUGCACAUGUCGCUAAGCCAACAUGUCUUUUCUUCUUUCAUCCUUUUCUACAGGCUGAAUGGAACAUCACCACAAACCUCCUCAAAUCAUCACAGGAGGACUAUCAGAUACUGUGGCCAGGCUCAGUGAUUUCAUGAAUUUAUAAAAUCGUUGUGCAUGAAAGAAGUUUGAUCUAGAGCAGGUGUGUUUACUUAAACAAAAAGUAUUUUAUCCAAAUGAAAAAUGUGGAGAUGUGACAUUUAUUUCCUUUCUGUUAAGGUAUGACAAAGGAUGCCAGUGCAUCCUAUUCUUCAACUUGCUAUUUGAAACAUAGUAUUGAAUCUGACACACUUGAAGAAAAUGAGUUGUAUGAUUUUGUAUGAUUUUUUUAAGUUUUUUUUUUUUUUGUUAACUUAUUUUGGGUGGGUGGUCUGUCAUUAUUCUUUAAUUUAACACAGUUGGCAAGUUUUAAGUAGCCCUGUUCUGGACAAAAUAUGGAAAAAGCAGUCUCAAACUCUUAUCAAACCUUUUUACAUAUCGUUUUAUUCCUGGGGAUUACAGACAGCUGUCUGAAUGGCAGCUGUCUCCAUAAUGUCCAGAAUGAAAGUUGUCAAGGUUUCAGUGUGUAUUUAUGACCCUGGUGAGUGCAUACGUAUGAAUUGACUGCACUUGUGAAGUUGUACUGGUUGAAUGUGACUAAAUGCAUGUCAUGUCUAUUUAUGCAAAUUGAAUGAAUUCACUGUGUGUCUGUGCUCAGCUUAGUAAUAUUCAAAAGAAUGAAAAUAUGUAGACAGAUUCUCUAGAAAGUUGGAAAAAUAAAAAAAUAACAUGCA